UGAAGAUGGCAAGAACCAAGCAGACCGCUCGCAAGUCUACCGGUGGAAAGGCGCCCAGGAAGCAGCUCGCUACCAAGGCUGCCCGAAAGAGCGCUCCCGCAACCGGCGGCGUGAAGAAGCCUCACCGCUACAGACCCGGCACUGUGGCUCUGAGAGAGAUCCGGCGCUAUCAGAAAUCCACCGAGCUGCUGAUCCGCAAGCUGCCCUUCCAGCGGCUGGUCAGAGAAAUCGCUCAGGAUUUCAAGACUGAUCUGCGCUUCCAGAGCUCCGCUGUCAUGGCGCUGCAAGAGGCUAGCGAGGCUUACCUGGUCGGGCUCUUUGAGGACCAAAGGCUCUUUUCAGAGCCACCCACUGUGUCAAUGAAGAUGUCUGGAAGAGGAGAGACCGGCGGUAAAGCCCGUGCUAAGGCAAAGACUCGCUCCUCCAGGGCCGGGCUGCAGUUUCCAGUCGGCCGUGUCCACAGGCUGCUGCGGAAGGGAAACUAUGCCCAGCGUGUUGGCGCUGGAGCCCCGGUCUAUCUGGCCGCUGUGCUCGAGUACCUGACUGCUGAAAUCCUGGAGCUGGCCGGGAACGCCGCCUGGGACAACAAGAAAACCCGAAUCAUCCCGCGUAAUCCUGCAGCUCGCUGUAACAGCUUGAAGAUGGCAAGAACCAAGCAAACCGCUCGUAAGUCUACCGGUGGAAAGGCGCCCAGGAAGCAGCUCGCUACCAAGGCUGCCCGAAAGAGCGCUCCCGCUACCGGCGGCGUGAAGAAGCCUCACCGCUACAGACCCGGCACUGUGGCUCUGAGAGAGAUCCGCCGCUAUCAGAAAUCCACCGAGCUGCUGAUCCGCAAGCUGCCCUUCCAGCGGCUGGUCAGAGAAAUCGCUCAGGAUUUCAAGACUGAUCUGCGCUUCCAGAGCUCCGCUGUCAUGGCGCUGCAAGAGGCUAGCGAGGCUUACCUGGUCGGGCUCUUUGAGGACACCAACCUGUGUGCCAUUCACGCCAAGAGAGUCACCAUCAUGCCCAAAGACAUCCAGCUGGCCCGCCGCAUCCGUGGAGAACGCGCUUAAACUGCAAAACCCUUAAAACACAGUGAAACCCAAAGGCUCUUUUCAGAGCCACCCACUCCUCU